AUGUCUAAAGGAAAAGUUUGUUUGGCUUACUCUGGUGGUCUAGAUACCUCCAUCAUCUUAGCUUGGUUGCUAGAACAAGGUUAUGAAGUCGUUGCCUUCAUGGCCGAUGUCGGUCAAGAAGAAGAUUUCGAAGCUGCUAAGGAAAAGGCUUUGAAGAUCGGUGCUACCAAGUACGUCUGUGUCGACUGUAAGGAAGACUUUGUCAAGGAUAUCUUGUUCCCAGCUGUUCAAUGUAACGCUGUCUACGAAGACAUCUACUUGAUGGGUACUUCUUUGGCCAGACCAAUUAUUGCUAAGGCUCAAAUUGAUGUUGCUGAAAAGGAAGGUUGUUUCGCUGUUUCUCACGGUUGUACCGGUAAGGGUAACGAUCAAAUUAGAUUCGAAUUAGGGUUCUAUGCUUUGAAGCCAGAUGUUAAAGUCAUUGCUCCAUGGAGAUUACCUGAAUUCUUCGAAAGAUUUGCCGGUAGAAAGGAUCUUUUGGAUUACGCCGCUGAAAAGGGUAUUCCAGUUGCUCAAACAAAAGCUAAGCCAUGGUCCACUGAUGAAAACCAAGCUCAUAUCUCUUAUGAAGCUGGUAUCUUGGAAGAUCCAAACACUACUCCACCAAAGGAUAUGUGGAAAUUGACCGUCGACCCAAUGGAUGCUCCAGACCAACCACAAGAUCUUUCCAUUGACUUCCAACGUGGGUUACCAGUCAAGGUUGCUUAUAAAUGUCCAAAGACAGGUAAAGAUGUUUCUGUUACCAAACCAUUAGACAUCUUUGAAACCGUCUCCAAAUUGGCAAGAGCUAAUGGUGUUGGUAGAAUCGAUAUCGUCGAAGAUCGUUACAUUAACUUGAAGUCCAGAGGUUGUUACGAACAAGCUCCACUAACUGUCUUGAGAAGAGCUCAUGUCGAUUUGGAAGGUCUAACUUUAGACAAGGAAGUCCGUGGUUUGAGAGACAGUUUCGUUACACCAAACUACUCUAGACUAUUGUACAAUGGUUCUUACUUCUCUCCAGAAUGUGAAUAUAUCAGAGGUAUGAUUCAACCUUCUCAAGAAACUGUUAACGGUACCGUUAGAGUUAGAUUAUACAAGGGUAACGUUAUGGUCUUGGGUAGAUUCUCCGAAACUGAAAACUUGUACGAUCCAACUGAAUCAUCCAUGGAUGAAUUGACCGGGUUCCUACCAACUGACACUACUGGUUUCAUCGCCAUUCAAGCUAUUAGAAUUAAGAAAUACGGUGAUGCUAAGAGAGCUAAGGGUGAAAAAUUAACCUUAUAG